AUGAAUGCCAAAGUGGGCGUGUUCAUUUCCCUGCUGUGCGUGACGGGCCUCUGUGUGUUUUGGAGAGCAGAAAUCUCCUCGUACUUCCCUCCUCGGGAGGAGAGGCCCUGUUCUUGUGACCGAUGUUCAUCUGACGGCGAGACGUUCAUGAAGCGCUUCAACCGGUUUGCUGAGCCGCUUCUAUCAGCACGACACAAUCUGUCAGAGGAGAACUUCAACUGGUGGAGGCGCCUCCAGUCCGACGGCCGCAGCUUCAGCACCUACAAAGACACGGUGAACAAGAUGUUUCAGGUGAUCCCGACCCGCGCCGAGCCCGAACCCUCCAGCCCCGCCCGCUGCAGGACUUGUGCCGUGGUGGGGAACUCGGCUAAUUUGAAGAAUUCCCAUUUCGGACCUGUCAUAGAUUUUCAAAGCGUCGUUAUAAGAAUUAACAAAGGUCGUACCAAAGACUUCGAGGCCGAUGUUGGGACCAGAACAACUCACCGCGUCAUGUAUCCAGAGAGCGCCGUGGAUCUCGAUGACACCACGCGGCUGGUGCUCUUUGCCUUUAAGAUCCUGGAUCUGGAGUGGAUCACCAAGGCCCUCAGCGCAACAUUUUCCGGAAGAUCUUAUGCACCAAUUAAAUCAAACAUCAAGGCCAACAAGGAUUUGGUGAUGGUCCUGAACCCAGCGUUCAUGAGGUAUGUUCAUGAAGUGUGGCUGCAGAGGAAGGGCCAGUAUCCGUCCACUGGCUUCAUGGCUUUGAUUCUUGCGCUGCAUGUCUGUGACGAGGUCCAUGUGUUCGGCUACGGAGCAGACGGUGAUGGGAACUGGAGUCAUUACUGGGAAGAACUCAGGAACAAGAAGAUAAGAACUGGAGGGCAUCCUGGACUUUUAGAGUUUGCAUUGAUCGAGGAGCUUGAUCGGAAUCAAAUAAUAAAGUUUUAUAAGGGGUGGUGAUCUCUCUCUCAGCGUUUAAGGGAUUUAAGCCUCGAUAACGAAUAAAGACAAAGACGCCUUCAGGGGACGUCUGUUCUCGGACUAUUCUGCUGCCUCCGUGUUUUCCUCUGUGAACAUUAAUGAAGCAGUGAGGUCAGGGACAAUGAACGUUAUGCAAAUUGAAAUUUGAUUUGAGCUUUCUGUUUUUUUUAACACACAGAGCAUCCAUUGAUUCCAGAAACAUUUCCGAUGUCUUAUGAUGUCAUCGCAAAAAUAUGGCCUUUGGAAGGUUCUUG